CGAGGCGGGGCACGAGGGCCCGGGGCCGCGUGGGGCGCGCGUGCGUGUUAAGCGCCGGCAGCCGCGGCCAGGCCAGGCAGGCGCGCGGGAGACUCGAGGCGCGUGGGACGCGCGUGCGUACUACCACACGCGGGCGGCCGCGGCCGGGCCCCUACGACCUGCAGCUGCUGCGGGGCCGACAGUCCUGCAGGGGAGCCCGCGCCCGGCCGUGCGCAAGCCCGAGCGCGGCACGCCGGGCCACCCAGGAGUCCCUGGCCGCCGCGUCAUGCGGUGGGGCGGCCGGCGUCGCGCGGGGGGACACGGGCUUGGCGUCGCGCCGCUCCCGCCUUUACUAGUUUGGGGGAGCCACUCUCUCCCAAGAAGAGACUAACUAAAUUAAUCUAAAGAAAAGCAACGCACCAAAUACUCGUCGAACCAAAUUUCGCUUCUCCCGCCCGGACUGGGAUUGCACAGCGGACUCUACUUUGGAGGACUUGCCUCCGCGAGCGAGAAGCCAAGCUCCAGCUGCUCCAGGGAGUCCUCUGACCUCCCUGCCCCCGCUCUCCCCUCGCGAGUCGGGACUUGUUCCGGCGCUCCCGCUUUGUAAGGCACGCAGCCCCCACGUCCUCCGGGGAGAAUCUGUAGCCUCUGGAUAGUGGCAUUUAAUGCCCGCAGCGUCGGGAGUGGCAGCGCGCGGGCCGGACGCGGCGAGGCCAAGAGGGCCGCGCCGCUCUGGUGCGGGCUCCUGGAUUGCAGACCUAAUCGAUGCAUUUUUCUGAGUGAGUCGGCGGCUCCCCACCCACCUCGUCGGCGCUCUCCUCUCCUCCUCUUCCUCUCUGGUCUCCUCCCUCCUCCGGGCCUGGUUGCAAAUGGCUUCGUUCCCUGAGACCGACUUCCAGAUCUGCCUGCUGUGCAAGGAGAUGUGCGGCUCGCCAGCGCCGCUCUCCUCCAACUCGUCUGCGUCGUCGUCGUCCUCGCAGACGUCCACGUCGUCGGGGGGCGGCGGCGGGGCCCCCGGGGCCGCGGCGCGCCGCCUGCACGUCCUGCCCUGCCUGCACGCCUUCUGCCGCCCGUGCCUCGAGGCGCACCGGCUGCCUACGGCCGGCGGCGGCGCGCCGGGAGAGUCACUCAAACUGCUUUGCCCUGUCUGCGACCAGAAAGUCGUGCUGGCCGAGGCGACGGGCAUGGACGCGCUACCCUCGUCCGCCUUCCUGCUCAGCAACCUGCUCGACGCCGUGGUGGCCACGGCCGACGAGCCGCCGCCCAAGAACGGGCGCGCCGGCACCCCGGCGGGUGCGGGCGGCCACAGCAACCACCGGCACCACGCGCACCACGCGCACCCGCGCGCGUCCGCCUCGGCCCCGGCGCUCCCGCAGGCGCCUCCGCCGCCGCCCGCGCCUCCCCGCUCCGCGCCGGGAGGACCCGCCGCCUCUCCGUCGGCGCUGUUGCUGCGCCGGCCUCACGGCUGCAGCUCCUGUGACGAGGGCAACGCCGCCUCGUCGCGCUGCCUCGACUGCCAGGAGCACCUGUGCGACAACUGCGUCCGAGCGCACCAGCGCGUGCGCCUCACCAAGGACCACUACAUCGAGCGCGGCCCGCCGGGGCCCGCCGCCGCCGCCGCCGCCGCGCAGCAGCUCGGGCUCGGGGCGCCCUUCACCGGCCCGCCCUUCUCCAUCAUCUCGGUCUUCCCCGAGCGCCUCGGCUUCUGCCAGCACCACGACGACGAGGUGCUGCACCUGUACUGUGACACUUGCUCGGUGCCCAUCUGUCGUGAGUGUACAAUGGGCCGGCACGGGGGCCACAGCUUCAUCUACCUCCAGGAGGCACUGCAGGACUCCCGGGCACUCACCAUCCAGCUGCUGGCUGACGCCCAGCAGGGCCGCCAGGCGAUCCAGCUGAGUAUCGAGCAGGCCCAGACCGUGGCGGAGCAGGUGGAGAUGAAGGCCAAGGUGGUACAGUCGGAGGUCAAGGCCGUGACUGCAAGACAUAAGAAGGCCCUGGAGGAGCGGGAGUGCGAGCUGCUGUGGAAGGUAGAGAAGAUCCGCCAGGUGAAGGCCAAGUCUCUGUACCUGCAGGUGGAAAAGCUGCGGCAGAACCUCAACAAGCUGGAGAGCACCAUCAGCGCCGUUCAGCAGGUCCUGGAGGAGGGCCGGGCGCUGGACAUCCUGCUGGCCCGAGACCGCAUGCUGGCCCAGGUGCAGGAGCUGAAGACGGUGCGCAGCUUCCUGCAGCCCCAGGAAGACGACCGGGUCAUGUUCACGCCCCCCGACCAGGCACUGUACCUCGCCAUCAAGUCCUUCGGCUUCGUCAGCAGCGGGGCUUUCGCGCCGCUCACCAAGGCCACGGGCGAUGGCCUCAAGCGGGCCCUCCAGGGUAAGGUGGCCACCUUCACUGUCAUGGGCUACGACCACGAUGGAGAGCCUCGUCUCUCGGGGGGCGACCUGAUGUCAGCUGUGGUCCUGGGCCCUGACGGCAACCUGUUUGGGGCCGAGGUGAGUGAUCAGCAGAACGGGACUUACCUGGUGAGCUACCGGCCCCAGCUGGAGGGUGAGCACCUGGUGUCGGUCACCCUGUGCAACCAGCACAUCGAGAACAGCCCCUUCAAGGUGGUGGUCAAGUCGGGCCGCAGCUAUGUGGGCAUUGGGAUCCCGGGCCUGAGUUUCGGCAGCGAGGGCGACAGCGAUGGCAAACUCUGCCGUCCUUGGGGCGUGAGUGUGGACAAGGAGGGCUACAUCGUGGUCGCCGACCGCAGCAACAACCGCAUCCAGGUGUUCAAGCCCUGUGGCACCUUCCACCACAAAUUCGGCACCCUGGGCUCCCGGCCCGGGCAGUUCGACCGACCGGCCGGGGUAGCCUGCGACGCCUCCCGCAGGAUCGUGGUGGCCGACAAGGACAAUCAUCGAAUCCAGGUCUUCACCUUUGAGGGCCAGUUCCUCCUCAAGUUUGGCGAGAAAGGGACCAAAAACGGGCAGUUCAACUACCCUUGGGAUGUGGCGGUGAAUUCUGAGGGCAAGAUCCUGGUCUCAGACACGCGGAACCACCGGAUCCAGUUGUUUGGGCCCGACGGCGUCUUCCUGAAUAAGUAUGGCUUCGAGGGGGCUCUCUGGAAGCACUUUGACUCCCCUCGGGGCGUGGCCUUCAACCACGAGGGCCACUUGGUGGUCACCGACUUCAACAACCACCGGCUCCUGGUGAUUCACCCCGACUGCCAGUCUGCACGCUUCCUGGGCUCGGAGGGCACCGGCAACGGGCAGUUCCUGCGCCCGCAGGGCGUGGCCGUGGAUCAGGAGGGGCGCAUCAUUGUGGCCGAUUCCAGGAACCACCGGGUACAGAUGUUCGAGUCCAACGGCAGCUUCCUGUGCAAGUUUGGAGCUCAGGGCAGUGGCUUUGGGCAGAUGGACCGUCCUUCCGGCAUCGCCGUCACCCCCGAUGGGAUGAUCGUCGUGGUUGACUUUGGCAACAAUCGAAUCCUCAUCUUCUAAUCACAUUUUCUAGGCUUUUGUGUUUGGGGUGUACAUCUCUCUCUCUCUUUCUCUCUCUCUCUCUCUCUCUCUCCUCCUUUUGAAUUUCAAGGAAGAAACAGUCUCAGGGAAAUUUCUUUUUUUCUUUUGUUUAAAGAGAACAAGAAAAGUACAACGUUGCCUAAGUCCUACCUCAUCUUUAUUUUUUUUACAGAUGAAUGUACUUAUCUUUUCUGCAGGGAUUGAGCCUGUGAAGUGAUAAUUUCUAUCUACCUCAUAAAUCUUUACAUUUCCUUCUCCAGCCGGCCCUCAGUUCAGUGGAGGUCACGUGUCCCUCUUCCCCUCCGUGGGACGUGACAUGCACAAGCCUAUUGUCUCUGGCUGGCAGGGCACUGGAUGUGUGUGGUGGGCUGAUACUCUGUAGAUUGAGCCAAGGAAACACGGAAAAAACUACUAAGUUAAAAAAAAAAACAACCCACAAAAAAGUAUAAAACGUGGGAAAAUAGGAUUUUAAAUGCUUAAUUAUAGAGUAUUUGUGUUCUUGAGAAUACUGUGUUUAUGGGGUUAGAUUGUGUUGUGUGAUCUUGAUCUUUUUGGGGGGAAAAUUUUUUUUUAAAUGCUGCAAUGGAGAACUUUCUUAAUGUUCUCCUUUUAUAUCUCAGUGUGUCUGUCAUCCUGUUCAGCAUCUUUUCUUGUUCCUCGAAGAUGGGGCUGUGGCUUGCCAGCCGAGAAAUGCCGACUCAUAUUCCUCGUUUAGCUUAUGUCACCUUUGUUUCUUUCAAGGUAGGGGCGUGUGUGUGAGGCCGUCUUACAUCAGGUUAAUGAAGCUGAAGGUGAUGCACAACCUCCCAAAGAACCUUUCUCUUCCUACUUUAGUUUCUAAAAAGUAAUAAAUGUAGUUCAGCGUUUUUGUUAAAAGUAUUCUCAAAAGUUACGUAUUCCUAGUUUGCUGUUGGUUAUAAAGAGUUAAGCAAACGGAAGAAGAGAGCGGACCUCAAUCUCAGAAAGAGGGUUUUGGACAUGGGCCUGGUGGGUGCACAUGCGUGUCCCCAGGUAGUCGCCUGGGAGCAUGAGAAUGAAGCAAGUUACCCCCAAACUCUUCCGGACUCUGCAGGAGGGUUGGGGUUGAUCCCCGAUCCUAGGUUGAACGUUGUUCUGUUCGUGGAAGCAUGCAUGCCUUUUGCUGAGAAGAGUAGUAGGCAAGGGAAUGAACUUUUAUGUUUAAAAGCACAAUUUUUUCCCCUGCUUGGGAAGUGCAGGGAAAUAGAAUGUUUUGAAAGUCAGAUUCAUAGGAACAGCCCAUCCUUCACCCUCAGCUCGGGUCUCUUUUACAAAGCGGUCUGCUCCCCGCGCCCUACCGUAGGACCUCAAGGUUAACGUCUCUCCACCCCCCCGCCCCAUGCCCCCCAAAGGCCUUUGAAUGUAAAGGAUCUGCAAACUUAAAUUGCCCCAACUCAAAAUGUAGGGCAUACUAUCUUUUGUGAAACCUCUAUCUCGGUACCAAAGAAUGGAAAUGGAAGCCAGUCUCCCCUGCAGAACCGUGGGACGGCGUCGGUCACUUUACAGGGUUGGUUCGUAGUAACCUGGACUUGGGUACAAAACCUUGUGCUUCCGGGCAUUAUCUUUUUUAAGUGGGAAGCCGGUGGGGCUGAUACCCUGCUUGGCAGAACCCACACGGGUCCCUGCAUUCCCCGCAAACACGGAAAUAAGAACCAGAUUCGAGACUUGCACAGCUCAGGAGGAAAACAGGCUCUCUCGGAAGCCAGGGGCUUACAGGAAGAGCUCUUGUUUAAACAGACUAACGGGUCACUUUCUGUUCCUGAAUUCAAAAGAAAUCCCUUUUGCAAUAUGGAUGUCGUUUUAAGUGAACAGAAUAAACUGACAAAUGAAACAGUUUGUCAUCCCCAAAGAAAAGAUGUCGGGGACAGUGUUAACACAUCAAUCAAAUUGCUUUACUGGACAUUUAAUUCCCGGUUCCCAUUGCUUUGGUUCUAGGGUUUCUAAAUGACCGAAAUGGGGGGAACCUCAUUUCUGGAAGAGCUUCAGUAAAGUAUCCAAAAAUUUUAAAAAACUUGAACCUGCUGCCUCAGUUUGCUGUGUUACAGGGUGGGAGGUGACAGGAAGUCUCAUUUUGUAAAAAUGCCUUUUCUUUUAUUGAAGAAUUGAACAGUGAAUCCUGCCUCAGUUUCUGUUCAGUUGCCUUUUAUUUUGUCCCUAACGUCUUUGGUAAAGAGCUCAUGUAAGUAAGCAUUUUUAUUUUUUAUUUUGGAAUAACUUGGUGCUGGUCUUUUCCUCACCCCCAGCCCCACCCUACCUUACCCAACAAAUCACCCUUUAAACACCAAAGACAACUUGUUUUAAAUGCUUAAAAACAUUUUUUUUUUUUAAUUGAAGAAAUGGAUUUUGAAAAGUUCUUUAAUGUUCUCAGAAAACUCUAGGUCAUGAUAAUGGCUGGGAUGACGGACCAAGUGUGGUUACUCCCUUUGAUGAUUCCGUGUUUAGUUUCAUCAUCACCUUCGCUCUCAUCUUUUCCUCCCAGUCUCCCACAUGUGGGGACACCUUGGGAUCUGAGUGGGGCAUUUUCUUGGUGAAUGGCAGUAACUAAAAUUGCUUAUUUAUCACUUUUCUAUGGAUUUGAUUGUAAAGCCAGCGUUUCCACACAUGGCUGAAAUGACCAGGUCUUAUAAUUAAUAGACUGAUCAAUUUGCAGGCUUAAAGCUCUAGGAGGUUCUCCCUGGAAUGUGGGUAGGUGGGUGGUGCUGCCUCUUUGUACCCUCAGUGGGGGUCUCUCUCUCUCUCUCUCCUUACCCACAAUUGUGCAUCACUGCCCUUUGCAAAACAUGGUCACACUGGGGAAGAUGUUGUUUUUAAAACAUUGGCCUCUGUGGCCGCCCACAGUUGACUCCUGAUCCGCAGGGAUUGGUGCGAAGCACUUUGGAAUGUGUUUAUUGGACAAUGUGGAAUGCUCCAAAUCAAAGAAAGAGGAGAAAAGCCAAUAUUUGGAACUCUCUAGUGUGAGGGAGGCUGUUCAAAAUUAGUUGUAUUUAAGUGCAUACCUCCUGCCCGAUGUGAGGUGAUGCUAGGGUGGGUAGGAAUUGCGUCAGAAAGGGAAGUCUUUAACAUGGUGAGAGGUCCUAGGUGCCGGAAGGGAGGAGAGUAAAAUGUUUCUAUUGAGUAAAUGUGAUGUUCAGACAACAAUCCCCAUGUAUGUCUAAUCUGGUCAGGUGGCAGGGUGGUGAGAUAUAAGGCCUGCUUAUGUUCGGAAAUGCCAAUUGGAUUCGAAAAUAUAGGUUUGGGUAUUGAGAUGGCUAAAGGAAAUCUAACGCACAGAUAAAAACCACUUUUGGUUUGUCACUGACUUCACAUUUCAAAAGUGUUCAUCUUUUGCUUUAAAAAAAAAAAAUCAUUCCUUCUCGAGAGGCAAUGCUCUCUCAGCCUGUGCUGUAUUGCAGCUGGCAGGUGGCUGGAGCCCAGGGCGCUGGGCAUGGCCCCAGGUGCACUAACUCCUUGACUGAUGGAUGCCCUUUUAAGUGUAAUUUAUUUAGGGAAACACAAGGGUACCAUAAACAGAAUCUAAAUUAUGUAUUGGGCCAAAAAAGUUCGCCAGGUUUAAGGCACUUUGAGUUGGAGCUGUAAGAGAAGAGCUUGAGAUUGGCUCGGUCUGUGUACUUCUAGUUAAGCCAAAGCUUAAUGGUUUGAGGAGGGGUGUCUUUUAGGCUUGAAGCAGCAGCAUACUGUCUGUCUAUGUGUCGUCUUCCUCUCUGGGAGAUUCAAAGAUUGCUGUGUUCUGGUAGAUAGUGAAAGAAAUGCCAAAGUUAUUCAUAGGCUUGUUUUUCUGUUUGGGGAAAGAAAAAAAAAAAAUUCAAUGGUGCCAAAAAGUAUUUAGGGUAUUUAUUGAAAACAUCACUCUUGCGGUUCCAACAGUCUGGGGCUGUAUCAAAGUCGAACUCUUCUACUUGUGCGAUGAUGAUGAUGCCAGAGAGCUACGAGCUCUCGAGGCUCUGCAGCUCCUCUGGCUUCCUGCAGGCCAGGAGCACAGGGCACGCACACCACUCACCCCACUCCACUCCACACCAGUUGUUUCGUUUGGUUUCUACCUCACUUUUGGCAAAAGUUCAUCUACCUCAUGUUAGCAUCAGACGGGUCUCGGAAUCAAUAGUAUUAAACCCCUGGGGAGUGGGUGGGCGUGAAGCUACCUCUAGAAGAAAAUGUUUUCAGGAAUCCAGAGCUGGUUUCUCCCGGGAGAAACGUUUGACUGACCUUGAACAAGAAAUCUUGAAACCAAAUAUUCCUUCUACUCAGGCAAACAUAGUCGGAAAUCCAAGUGUUCCUUACCAACGUGACUCCCCAAACCUUUCCCUCGCCCCCCCGCAACCAGGAAUUACGCACACUGUUACCAUGUUGUUCAGUAUUAUGGAACUACUGGUGCAUCUGACCUAUUUGAGGACUUCACUACAAAUAAAGACCUUUAGGUCUCUUUUUUUCUCUUCAAGAGAAAAAAUAUUUUAUCUGUUUUGAGUGCCGGCAGGUAUACCCCUUUAGGAGCAAUUCUAAGGGUCUUGUUGGAAACAUCAGCUGUUUGAAGGGAAUGAGGAUCUUUAGACUUCUUGAUUGUAUUUGUUGCUCUCCUAGACCCCACUGGAUGUCCAUCUCCGCGACAUGGCAGCAAUCGCUGUCUUACUGAGCAGUGACUGGUAAAGUGUGUGUUGCUCUUUUGUUUUGUGUUUUUAAAAAAAAAAAAAAA